CUAGCAAGGCUGCAGACAGCAAACACUCCUGGCCUCAGGAUGGAGAAGGAUCUCAGCAGCACCCCAGCUUGGGAGCUGGACAAGUUCGUAGAGGAUCAUAUCAUUGCUGACACCAGGUUCCUUAAUAAGGUCAAAGCAGAUAUUGACUACAUAUGUACUUUCUUGAAGGAGAAACACCUCAAAGGUGUCACCCGCUCUGUGAAGCUCAACGAGUUGAUGAACUACAAGAGUUUGAUGAAGGAGAUACACUUCAAAGAUGUGAAGAUCUCCAAGGUUUUGAUGAGCGGCUGUUUUGACAGUGAGUCAGACCUGAAGGACACAACAGAAGUCAACAUUACGAUCUUUUUAAAAGGGCUCCAAAUCUUUGAAGAGGUGUUUUGGCGUUGGGAAGAGUUCCUGGAGGAAAUUAAGAAAGAGUUGUGCAAACUACCAGGAGAGGAAAAGUUUCAAUUGCAUUAUGAAGUUCAGAAUCCAGAGGAAUGCUACCCCUCGUUUCUAAGCUUCAAGCUGAGCUCCUCUGAGCUGCAGCAGGAAGUGGAAUGUAGAGUGUGGCUAGCCCGUGAUGUCCUGCCUGAUGUCCUCCCUGAUGUCCUGCAUAAACUGAGAAACAACCCGGUGCUUGGCCCUGAAAUCUGCAAUGACACCUACUCCGAACUCAUCCAUGAGUGCACCACCCCAGAGAGUGAAGGCAAUUACUCCCUAAGCUUUGUGGAGCUCCAGAAUAAUUUCCUGGAGGAUCGUCCCCCCAAAUUGAAGAAACUCAUCUGUCUGGUUAAGUACUGGCAUCAACUGUGUAUGGAAAAGCUGGGGAAGCCAGUGCCCCCACGGUAUGCCCUGGAGCUUCUCACAGUCUAUGCCUGGGAGCAUGGGAGUGGAGUUGCUGAUUUCAGUAUAGCCCAGGGCUUCCGGACCGUCUUGAAACUGAUCACCAAAUAUGAGUAUCUUAUAAUAUACUGGACAGUGUAUUAUGACUUUCAACAUGGAGAAGUCUCUGACUACCUGCGAAGACAGCUCCAAAAAGACAGGCCUAUCAUCCUGGACCCAGCUGACCCAACAAGGAAUAUAGCUGGUUGUACAAUCAUGGGCUGGUAUUUUCUGGCAGAUUUGGCUGAGGAGUGGCUGGAUUAUCCCUGCUUUAAGAACAGGGAUGGUUCCCAAGUGAGGUCCUGGAAAGUGCUGGAACGUGGGCUAUUGGCAUGACUACAUGUUUUCCAUUCCAGACGGAAGUUCCUGGGACAAAGCAACAGGUGACCAGGAAUUUCUUCAGUAGGAGUUACUUCUCGUUUCCUGUAAGCCCUUGACCCAGAGAGGACAGGAAGCUAACCAAGACCCAACUGAGGGAGGGUCCAACCUGUGAUCAGACUCCAGGCUUCUGACCCCUGCCCGCACACCCCUGCACAGACAGCCCUCCUCACAGCCUGCUUCAUCUGCCUUGUCCUCUGCCAGUGUUCUCUGGGAGAGGAGAGAUUCGAAAGGGGAGGUAGGGACUCAAGCUUGACUUCCAUCUGUCCACCUGGCUAGUUCUGUCCAAUGUCUGAUCAACAAUAAACCACAGCGAGCCACGCA